UUUUUUUAUGGAAGUAUACAUGAAUUUGAAAUUUCGUAAGCCCAAUAUUUUCAUGAAUCUCAUAAUAUAGGUAUGAUUCAUUGAAUAUUACAUCAUGAUUUGUAUUUUCAAAGAACCUAAGGAUGAAGUCCAGAUUUAUACAUGGAAGGAUGCCACAUUUAGAGAGCUCGCUGAUUUGGUAUCUGAGGUUGCUCCUGCAGCUAGGAAAAGAGAUGCAAAACUUUCAUUUGCAUUUGUCUACCCUGACAAGAAUGGCUGUUUUGUAGUGAGACCAAUAAGAACAUCUUAUCUAAUUUUUUUAUUAAGAUUUUCAGACAUAUCACACUCUUAAGUCCUAUACAUUUACACAUUUUAAAUGGUAGAUAUAUUUCUUUUUUUCGCCUCUUACUCUCCCAAGAAGUAAUCAAGUUUGGUGAAUGAUAUGAUUUGUUUGAUUUAUUUCUCUUGGAUAGCCAUGGCAGACUUGCUGAAAGUUUGAUGUUUUUUAUCAUGUAUUUGCUAUCAACUAAUAUCAAAGACAUGUUUUAAUAUAGGUUUAUGUUUUGGCAAUGAUUUUUAUUAUAUUCACGGGGGAUUAUUAUAUUUGUCUUUAAAUUAUUUAAG